UUUGUUUGUUUAAUAGUUUACAUACAGCAGCAGCACGAAAGAGCCGAAAACACAUGCAGCCGCAAUCACGUCAACCGCCGCCGCCACGAGACGCACAUGUCGGACGUGGGAGGUUUUACGCCUGCUAACUUGACGACGUGACGAGGCACAACUUCCACGCCGUCGGACCGAGCGAGCGAGCGAGUCGCUCCGACGCCGGCCGGGAAGCCAACGGCUGCUUUCCCGGCUUCCCAAAGGCGUUUCCUCUGCUUAACAUGGACUCAAAACGUAAUUUUCAACACAGGCAAGAGCAAUGGCGGCAGGUUGGAGAGACCGUGCCGAACUAAUGGACGCUAAAGUUCCUUCGUUUGAAUACGUGCGUGCCCUUGGUGGUUAAAGCGUCGGGGGGGGGGGGGGGUUGUAUUUUUUAAAUUAUUAUUCUUUGUAAGUACUCACCAUGGAGGAGCAGGAGAGGGAGAUUUCGUACGCGGAGCCCUCGGCGUCGGACAGCGGGGUGGUGGUGGUGGUGGUGAAUCCGAGCCGAGCGCGCCCCCCGCUGGGCGUGCUGCUCGCCACGCUGCUCUACUGCGCCGAGCUGCUCAACGCCGCCGCGCUGUGCGCCAGCUACGGCCGCACGGACGACCGGCACUGGCUGGCCUUCACCGUCACCUUCAUGCUGGUGCCGGCCGCGCUCAUCCAGCUCACCCUCAUCUUCAUCCACAGGGACGUGGGCCGAGACCGGCCGCUCGUCCUCCUGCUGCACCUGCUGCUCCUGGGGCCCGUCAUCAGGUGUUUCGAUGCCCUGGUGGUGUACUUCCGAGUCGGCAGGAAGGAGGAGCCUUACGUGACCAUCACCAGGAAGAUCUACCUGAAGCGGGGCGAGGGCACGCGCACCGAGUGCGAAGUCAGCCGCUCGGAGCGCAUGCUGGCCACGCACAGGAACGCCUUCAAGCGCACCACCGUCAUCCAGGCCUUCUUGGGCUCCACGCCGCAGCUCACGCUCCAGCUGUACGCCACCAUCCAGGAGAAGUACAUCCUCCCCAUCCGAUUGACCCUGAUGAUCAUCACGCAGAUCUCCGUCAUCUACGGCGCCUUGGUGUGCAGCGUGCUGGCCGUCCAGAUCCGCUACGACGACUACAAGGUGCGCUUCCGGCCGGCCGCCUACCUGUGCAUGAUCCUGUGGCGCGGCCUGGAGAUCACCACGCGAAUCACCGCCCUGGUGCUCAUGAGCACGGCGCUCACCCACUGGGUGAUCCCGGUGGGCGUGGCCAACCUGCUCUUCUUCUUCUUCCUGCCGUGGGCCGAGUUCUGGGCCAAGAAGGGCUCGCUGGCCGAGGACGUGGAGAAGAACUUCUCCAAGCUGGGCACGGCGGUGGUGCUGUGCCUGUUCACGCUGCUCUACGCGUGCAUCAACGUCUUCUGCUGGUCGGCCGUGCAGCUGGACCUGGGCCACGCCGAGCUCAUCGACCGCAAGCAGCGCUGGGGCCGGCUGGCCGCGUACUACGGCGCCCGCUUCGUGGAGAACCUGCUCCUCAUCACGCUGUGGUACUUCUUCAAGUCGGACUUCUACGAGUACGUGUGCGCGCCGCUGCUGGCCGUGCAGCUGCUGGUCUGCUACGGCCUGGCCGUGCUCUUCAUGCUGCUCUUCUACCAGUUCUUCCACCCGUGCCGCAGCCUCUUCCGCCACAACAUCCACGACUGCCUGCGUUGCGUCUGCUGGCGCCGGCGAGCGGGCCGGGCGAGGAGGGCGCCGUCGUCCUACUCCGCCGCCGCCACAAUGGUGCUGAUGCCCGACGAGCCUCGGGAGCCGCCUGACCCGCACGACCUCGACAGCGACGGGGAUGGGCAGGAGACGGCCAUCCUGGACGACGUCACGGAAUAUCCCUGAGAGAUCUCAACAGUAGGCACGCCCUCACAAUCGAAAACCGCAAGAAACGAUCCAGUUUCACGUCAUUGGUCCAAACGUGAUUUUAUUUUCCACAAAUAACGGAGCUUUGUUCAUCCAUCGAUAUCAAUUCAAUGAUCUUCAAUUAGAUCAAUUGUAUCGAGUUCUGGUGGCGUUCUUGUUUGGUGCUGUGCAAAAAGAUACCUUGCAUGAAAUCUAUUUCUUUCGUCACAAUUAUGCCCAAAUGUAAACGAUAUUUAAGUCCCGUUUAAGAGCCACCCUUCAAUUUAGUCAAUUCCUGGUUGAAAACGUUGACAAUUCCUGGAAUUUUGCAAUCCUAUGCGGCACACCACCGAAUAAAAAUGUCACAGAACGGUUUCGCAGUGACUAGACCAAGCUCUUGCAAAAAAAAAAAAAAAAAAAAAAAAAAAAAAAACAUCAGCCGAAAAAGAAAAACAAAAUAGCUUCCAGAUGAUUUGAUUUCAAAGUAAUGCGCAGCAAGUGCAAAUGUGCAAAGACUCUCUUCUGCUAACGACCCAGGCUAAACUCAGCUGCUCCCCAACAAACAAAUCUUGUCGCUCAGUCAGGUUAUAUCAGGUCAAAUGACUUCCUUGGACCAAUUACUGGACUGCUUUCCUAUUGAAACUUUGGUACCACCUUGUGGCAUCUGCAAGGAUUUCAGAAAGAGAAAAAAAAAUCUGCGACUAGAGCGUGUGCGGUUUUUAGCAAAUAGCCAGGGAUACGUUCGACAGAAAGCAAAAAAACGUGACUUGUUGAAUUCUAGAGUCGUCAACUGUGAAUAUGCGGCAAUUACUGCAAUGAUGAUAUGGUCUCGAUUUACAACCCCAAUUCCAAUGAAGUUGGGACGUUGUGUUAAACAUAAAUCAAAACAGAAUGCAAUGAUUUGCAAAUCAUGUUCAACCGGUAUUGAAUUGAAUCCACUACAAAGACAAGAUAUUUCAUGUUCAAACUGAUCAACUUGAUUGUUUUUAGUAAAUAAUCAUGAACUUAGAAUUUGAUGGCUGUAACAGGUUCCAAAAAAGCUGGGACAGGGUCAUGUUUACCUUUUCUUUGAACAACAUUCAAUAAAGGUUUGGGAACCGAGGACACUGAUUGUUGAAGCUUUGUAGGUGAAAUUCUUUCCCAUUCUUGCUCGAUGUACAGCUUCAGCUGUUCAACAGUCCGGGGUCUCCGUUGUCGUAUUUUACGCUUCAUAAUGCGCCACACAUUUUCAAUGGGAGACAGGUCUGGACCGCAGGCACGCCAGUCUAGUACCCGCGCUCUUUUACUUCAAAGCCACGCUGUUGUAACACGUGCUGAAUGUGGUUUGGCAUUGUCUUGCUGAAAUAAACAGGGGCGUCUGUGAAAAAGACGUUGCUUGGAUGGCAGCGUAUGUUUCUCCAAAACCUGUAUGUACCUUUCAUCAUUGAUGGUGCCUUCACAGAUGUGUAAGUUACCCAUGCCAUUGGCACUAACACAGCCCCAUACCAUUACAGAUGCUGGCUUUUGAACUUUGCGUCCAUAACAGUCCGGAUGGUUCUUUUCCUCUUUGGCCCGGAGGACACGACGUCCACAAUUUUCAAAAACAAUUUGAAAUGCGGACUCAUCGGACCACAGAACACCUUUCCACUUUGCGUCAGUCCAUCUUAGAUUAAUUCGGGCCCAGAGAAGCCGGCGGCGUUGUUGAUAAAUGGCUUUUGCUUUGCAUAGUAGAGUUUCAAGUUGCACUUACGGAUGUCGCGCCGAACUGUAUUUGCUGACAUUGCUUUUCUGAAGUGUUCUGAGCCCAUGUGGUGAUAUCCUUUACACACUGAUGUCGGUUUUUGAUGCAGUGCCGUCCGAGGGAUCGAAGGUCACGGGCAUUCAACGUUGGUUUUCGGCCUCCGCCGCUUACAUGCUGUGAUUUCUCCAGAUUCUCUGAAGCUUUUGAUGAUAUGAUGGACCGUUGAUGAUGAAAUCCCUAAAUUCCUUGCAAUUGUACAUUGAGGAACAUUGUCCUUAAACUGUUCCAACUAUUUUCUCACGCACUUGUGCACAAAGAGGUGAACCUCGCCCCAUCUGACAAAGGUCCUUUCAUAGCCAAUCAUGACACCCACCUGUUCCCAAUGAGCCUGUUCACUUGUGGGAUGUUCCAAACAGGUGUUUGAUGAGCAUUCCUCAAAUUCCAAGUUCAUGAUUAUUUGCGAAAAACAAUCCAGUUGAUCAGUUUGAACAUUAAAUAUCUUGUCUUUGUAGUCCAUUCAAUUCAAUAUAGGUCGAACAUGAUUUGCAAACCAUUGCAUUCUGUUUUGAUUUAUGUUUAACACGACGUCCCAACUUCAUUGGAAUUGGGGUCGUACUUACUCCGUGCAAAAUCACACAAAGCUCUUAUUCUCGUGUUCGCAUGGCAACAGGAAGAUGCACAAGUUAAUUGUUUUGCGUGUCGCUAUAUUAUAGAUGAGCCAAGAUACCUUAUUUGUCGUGAAUAAAUCCUGUUCAGACCAACAACGUGAAAUUGGAUAUUUUCUCACAGCACACUAAUGUGCCUCAGGACACUAAAUCAAAAAAUAGAUGACAAUGCUCACUUGUAAGAGGUAUUCAUGUAUCAAUGUUUAUGAUUGUGGUUGUAGCGUACUGAGAGUUGUUUGAAAUAUAUUGAACCCAAACGACAUCAUCCUGACAAUGACGGCCAUUUCUUUUCAAAUCUAAGCUAAAUAUGGAUGUAAUGUUUGAUGACUUAUGACUUAUUUCCCCUACCGCCGCAGUGAUUCUAAUAUUUUACCCCGAAAUGGUACAUUUUAAAAAAAAUGGUUCAAUUUAAACGCCGAAAAAUCCCGAGCCUGACUCCAAAAGACAAUUGUGUUACUUCACAACCUCUCUGACUUUAAAAAUUGAGCAUUUUUAUCUUUGUAACUUUUAGAUUGUGCGGGUGUACCUACAUAAAAACACAACCGUGUUUGUCGGAGAACUAUUUUGGUUGCCUUUCCCUCUGAAGUGGAUUUUGCACCCCUGAAGAAUGUAGCCUCGGCGGGACAAAGAGUGCCUUGAGAGCGGACCGCGACCCAAGCAGGUGCGCUACGGACAUGUGCCAAAAAAGUGCGUCGGCGUCCCCAUCGCGUGCACUCGAGUUUUCUCCAUGACGAGUUCAAAAUUCACAGGAAUUACGAUGUCUCCGUCGUCUGCUUGUCGAACCGCUUCGACCGGCUGCGACCGAGGCCUCGCCUUGCGUAAAAACUGGUUUUUGGUUUGGGCGAAAUAAACAAGAAGGAACUCUGUGGGAAAUAAACAUGGUUGAGUUGGACUUAAAUAAGCAAAUACAAUCACGAUUGAGGAAGUAAAGGAAAAUGUACUCCUCGCCCAAAAGGUUUGGGAUAUUCGCCUUUUGGGGGGGGGGGGGGGGGGAUUUCACGAUGAAGCUCGAAUGCAUUUGAAUAUUUACAGGUGAACUAAAUUUGACCUUGUCUGAAGUUUUGAAGCUGUUCCAUUCCCCCCCCCCCCCCCCCCC